AGUGAGGAUGGAAAGGGCAACCAGAGGCAGUGGGAGCAAUCGGUGGCUACUGCAGUGAUAGGAACAGGAGAUAAUGAGAAACAGAACCAAGAUGGUGGCAAUAGACGGAGAAAAAAGAAGAGAGCUAAAAAAUAUAUUUAAGAAGCAAAGGAAAGAAGUCAGUGUCUGAGUGGACAUGGAUGGUGAAGGAGGAGGCUUCUGGAGGUCUCCAGCUGCUGAGCAGCUCCAGGACAUCCUGGGGGAGGAAGAUGAGGCUCCCAACCCCACCCUCUUCACAGAGAUGGACACUCUACAGCACGACGGAGACCAGAUGGAAUGGAAGGAGUCGGCCAGGUGGAUAAAGUUUGAAGAAAAGGUAGAGGAAGGAGGCGAACGUUGGAGUAAGCCCCACGUGGCCACACUGUCCCUGCACAGCCUCUUCGAGCUCCGGACCUGCCUGCAGACGGGAACGGUGCUGCUCGAUUUGGACAGUGGCUCCUUACCACAGAUCAUAGAUGAUGUCAUUGAGAAGCAAAUUGAGGACGGCCUCCUGCGGCCAGAGCUCCGGGAGAGGGUCAGCUACGUCCUCCUGAGGAAACACCGUCACCAAACCAAAAAGCCCAUCCACCGCUCCUUGGUCGACAUUGGAAAGUCGGUCUCCUCCACCACCAAUCGCAGCCCUGCCCGGAGCCUUGCAGCGGUCCCCAGCCUGCACCACUCCACCGAGGACCUGAGGAUGCGGCAAAGCGCCCAUUACGGCCACCUGUGUCACGUCCAGAGCAGAAGCAUGAAUGAUAUUCCUCGUACUCCAAACACUGACCAGAGGAAAAACAAAUUCAUGAAGAAGAUCCCCAAGGACUCAGAAGCCUCCAACGUGCUCGUGGGCGAGGUGGACUUCCUGGACCAGCCCUUUAUCGCCUUCGUGCGUCUGAUCCAGUCGGCCAUGCUGGGAGGAGUGACCGAGGUGCCCGUCCCCACCAGAUUUCUGUUCAUACUGCUGGGACCUUCUGGGAAAGCAAAGUCCUACAAUGAAAUUGGCCGAGCCAUUGCAACCCUCAUGGUAGAUGAUCUCUUCAGCUACGUGGCCUAUAGAGCCCGCAGUCGGGAAGACCUGAUCGCUGGGAUUGAUGAGUUUCUGGAUGAGGUAAUCGUGCUCCCCCCUGGAGAAUGGGACCCAAAUAUCCGAAUCGAGCCCCCCAAGAAGGUGCCCUCUGCGGACACGAGGUAAAUAUGUGAAUGGAGGGGUGGAGCGGGGGAAAGUGGUACAAAAAAAGCUUCAAGUCUGUCUGGUGGGGGCCCAGGCGGGGGUCAAGUUCCCUUCCUCGCCCCAGGCUCUGCAGGCUCCUGCCCCUGCACUGGUGUUUAUGGUGAGAAAGCAGCCCUUGGGCCUGUCUUGAGCAGGUUAUUCGGUGGCCUGUGUCUGGAUGUCAAGAGGAAGCUGCCCUGGUUCCCAAGUGACUUCUAUGAUGGCUUCCACAUUCAGUCCAUCUCUGCCAUCCUAUUCAUCUACCUCGGCUGCAUCACCAACGCGAUCACCUUUGGUGGGCUUCUGGGGGAUGCCACUGACAAUUACCAGGGAGUGAUGGAGAGCUUCCUCGGCACUGCCAUGGCUGGCUCCUUGUUCUGCCUCUUCUCGGGACAGCCUCUCAUCAUCCUCAGCAGCACAGGGCCCAUCCUCAUCUUCGAGAAGCUCCUCUUCGACUUUAGCAAAGGCAACGGCCUGGACUACAUGGAGUUCCGCCUCUGGAUUGGCCUACACUCAGCCAUCCAGUGCCUUAUCCUGGUAGCCACUGAUGCCAGCUUUAUCAUCAAGUAUAUUACCCGCUUCACCGAGGAGGGUUUCUCCACCCUCAUCAGCUUCAUCUUCAUCUACGAUGCCAUCAAGAAGAUGAUCGGUGCCUUCAAGUACUACCCCAUCAACAUGGACUUUAAGCCCGACUUCAUCACCACCUACAAAUGCGAGUGCGUUGCUCCGGACACAGUUAAUACCACUUUGAAAGGGGAGAAGGCCCUGACCCUUUCUCUCCUGUGCUUGGUCUCCAAGUACAACCCCCUUAACCUCACAGAGCUGGACUGGUCCCUGCUGAGCAAGAAAGAGUGUCUGAACUAUGGUGGGCGCCUACUCGGGAAUUCCUGCCAGUUCAUCCCAGAUCUGGCACUCAUGUCCUUCAUCCUUUUCUUCGGGACAUACUCCAUGACCUUGACCCUGAAAAAGUUCAAAUUCAGCCGUUAUUUCCCUACGAAGGUCCGGGCCCUGGUAGCUGACUUUUCCAUCGUCUUCUCCAUCCUGCUGUUCUGUGGAAUUGACGCCUGUUUCGGGCUGGAAACCCCCAAACUGCACGUGCCCAGUGUCAUCAAGCCCACGCGGCCAGACCGAGGCUGGUUCGUGGCCCCCUUCGGGAAGAACCCAUGGUGGGUAUACCUGGCGAGCAUCCUGCCCGCCCUGCUGGUGACCAUUCUGAUCUUCAUGGACCAGCAGAUCACAGCCGUCAUUGUCAACCGGAAGGAGAACAAGCUGAAGAAGGCUGCUGGCUACCACCUGGACCUGUUCUGGGUGGGCAUCCUUAUGGCCCUGUGCUCCUUCAUGGGGCUCCCCUGGUAUGUGGCCGCCACUGUCAUCUCCAUUGCCCACAUCGACAGCCUCAAGAUGGAAACAGAAACCAGCGCCCCUGGGGAGCAGCCCCAGUUCCUGGGGGUCAGGGAACAGAGAGUGACCGGCACCAUCGUCUUCAUCCUGACCGGGAUCUCCGUCUUCCUGGCUCCCAUCCUGAAGUACAUCCCCAUGCCAGUGCUAUACGGAGUCUUCCUCUACAUGGGCGUGGCCUCCCUGCAUGGCAUCCAGUUCUGGGAACGCUGCAAGCUCUUCCUGAUGCCAGCCAAGCACCAGCCGGACCACGCCUUCCUGCGGCACGUGCCCCUGCGCCGGAUUCACCUCUUCACUCUGGUGCAGAUACUCUGCCUGGUGGUGCUGUGGAUCCUCAAGUCCACGAUGGCCGCCAUCAUCUUCCCGGUCAUGAUCCUGGGCCUCAUCAUUGUCCGAAGGCUGCUGGACCUUAUCUUCUCCCAGCAUGACCUGGCCUGGAUUGACAACAUCCUCCCAGAGAAGGAGAAAAAGGAGACGGAGAAGAAGAAAAAGAGAAGGAAAGGGGCCCAUGAGGACAAUGAAGAGGAGCCCCAGCUCCCUCCUCCCUCAGUUAUAAAGAGUCCCAUGGAAAGUGUCCAAUCAGAUCCCCAAAACGAUAUCCACUGCAUUGCCAGAAAAAGAUCUUCCAGUUGGAGUUACUCAUUUUGAUUCUUCCUUCAGUGACUCGGAACUUGAUCGAAGCAUCACCUUGCACUUCAAAAUUUCCUGUCCAGCUUCACCUGCUUUCAACUACUCACAGAGCCCGGUGUUUAUGGUGCCACAGGUGAAGAUAGAGAUGGAGUCAGACUGUGAAUUCACAGACAUGGACGUAUACGGAAGAGACGCUGCCGGUGAGACCACCCUCUAGGACAUAGCAUCCCCCAGAUGGGGCACAGAGGGAGGGCAUGGUUCAGUCUUCACUGUGAGGGUCUGGGCCACAGACCUGAACUUAUCUAAGCUUGUUUCCUUAUUUGCCAGACAGACUGAGUCAUUAUUCCACUUGACAGAGAGGUGGAGAUCUGUCGAUGAAAAGUACUACUAAGGGGCAAAACUCUCACCUUCCCUGUGUAGUUACGAAAACAACUAAAGCUAAAUGUUAUACCUUAUUUUGAAAUGCAGUCCAGCAUAGAAAUCAUAACAUUUCUUUUGAAAUGAAAAAAAUGCUUGACUCCCAAAACUGUAGUUAAGAUAAAGGGGCAAUAGUCAAUUUUUUAUUUAAAGUAAAUGAUCAGUUGAGAAUUUUUUUUAAAGGUUAGAUUUUAAAGUGUCUAGAUGAUCUUGAAAGAACUACUAAAAUACUCGUACUUCAAUAGAGCCGGGUUGGAAAAUGUUUUGCAAUUUUGCAUAUUAUGAAAUGCUUCAAGGUCUUAUCUUUUGUAUCUCAUUCCGUUUGCUAAGCAUUGUUUGGAAAGUUUAAACCAUCUGCAUUAUGGGUUUUGCUCUACCACAGAAGUUUGACUGGGACUUUCCCAGAUUGAAAAGCCAGUUCCAAAAGUCUGUUAAUGAAAGAACCAACACAUUUGAGUGGAUAUAUGCUUUUAAAAUAAACUAGUUGUUAGAGUAAAAUCGCAAACCAUGUUAAAGCAACAAAGUUAGAGUAAAAUCGCAAACCAUGUUAAAGCAACAAAAUGGUCCUUUAAUUAAUGACUGGUUUUUCAUGCCCAGAAUCAAAUUUCUUUAUGCAUCUGGCUAGAUCCUUUUUGCAAGUUUUCAAUGGCCGGGUUCCCAAAGUCAAACUCCCAUUUACAUGAACAGUGCAUGUUAGAGAUGAUGUCAAAUUCUAGAAGAUUAUGACUUUGCAAUAUUAGGUUAGUACUUUAAAGGAAUGCUUGGAAGCUAGUGGAGUAGUUUAAAACCCAUUAUUAAUGAAGCAAACAUUUUCCUCAUGAAACUUAACAUCAGUCUUUAUCUUUGAUCCAUGUUUAACAAACGCCAACCAUGUUUAUUUAGCACCUAGUAUGUGCCUAAUAGCCACAAUGCAUCUGACAUUUGCCUUCUCCACAACUAUGGAUUUGAAUCUUGAGUAAAUCAUGUUAGUAAGAGUCACUACAUUUACUCAAGAUGACAAAUGCAGGUGCUUUUUCUUUAUUCCUAUUUUUUAAAGACAAAUGACACUAGAUCGUUAACACCUUGAGUGGCGGAACAGUUAAAUGUCUUUAAAUGUCUCUGUAAUCCCCAGAGCCUAGCAGUGAUGGGUCCUUAGAGAGCUCUUGAAUGUUUAUUAAAUUAAAUCUCAGAGCUCCCUUUCAAGGGAUACUGCCAAGAGGUAAAGCUCUAAACCUCUAUCACUUCUGAUAGAAUUACUUUGCUGUUCACUAAUCCAGAACCAUCACCUGAGUUUUAAGUAUAAAGUCUCUAUCUUCAUCUGUACCAAUACUGGGAGAGCUAACUGUCUACCCUUAGCAUUUCAGUUUUAAAACUUGGCUGAUUUUCAAUAGCAUGUUAUUCAAAUUAAAUUGUAGAAAUGUUAUGGAUUCAGGAGUAAAUGUGCUUGAUUAAUCAAACAAGCCGGAAAAUUACAAUGUUAAUUUUUUUGUUGUAAAUUGAUCACUGUAAUUUUCACCUUAUAUGUCAUUUAUAUUUUGUAUAUACAUGAACAUUUUAGUUUCGAUAGCUUUGACCUAUUCGGUCAGUACUUUUUUCCACUUGUAACUACAAUUCAAUAAAACUUAA